UCAUGGAGGCAGUGGAUCAGACUGCAAACCCCUCCAGCAAUCUAUACAGUUUCUCUGGUAGGACCCCAAGUUGUUCCCAAUCCAGUCUCUAAUCUCUCUAGCAUGCUCUGGGUAGACCUGCGGUCUCCUUCCCCUGGACACCUCCCCGGGAAGAUAAGCAGCUGAAAAUGGAUGGAUAAAUGGAUUCUUGUAAAAUGUGUAUAUUUUGUGAAUAUGUGUAAAAAUAAAUAGAUAAAUUGCCAGUCACACCUGUUCUGUUGUUAAGGCUUUGAGGUCCAUUUUCUGAUUGAUCCAGCUCACAAGCCCAACAGCUGAAUUAGAAAAAAGUAGCCCAAUCAGAUCACAGCUCAUCAAAGCUGAGCCAAUCAGAAUACAGAGCUAACACAGCCUUGGAACGGUCCUAAAUCAGUAAUAAAUAGUGUUUGCUUUAUCCCAUUUUCUUUGAAUUUUGUUUUUUUGUACUAAGUCAAAAAGUACAAAAACAAAUGACAAUGUAGCAAAUCAGAACACAGUACUCAACACAGCUGAGCCAAUCAGAAUACAGAACACAGAGCUGCACAGUUGGGCCAAUGAGCUCUGUGUUCUGAUUGGCUUGUAGAGCUGUGGGUCUGGCUGCCGGAGGGCGGGGCCAGAGUGAUGACGGUCUAGUCACAUGGAGCUCAUGCUGCUCAGAGCAGCCAGAAGAUGACAGAACCAAGAGAGCUGCUGCAGAUCACACACACACACACCGCUCUCUUUUCCUCUCUCCAUGCAUCUGGACUAUAAAUAUGUAUUUUGUCAUUUCUGCCAUGAAAGCUCAGAUUGAGAUCAUCCCCUGUAAGAUCUGUGGAGAUAAAUCAUCAGGGAUCCACUAUGGAGUGAUUACCUGUGAGGGCUGCAAGGGUUUCUUCAGGCGGAGUCAGCAGAGUAACGCCACGUACUCGUGUCCUCGCCAGAAAAACUGUCAAAUCGACCGAACGAGCCGAAACCGCUGCCAGCACUGCCGUCUGCAGAAAUGCCUAGCUGUCGGCAUGUCUCGAGACGCUGUGAAGUUUGGUCGCAUGUCUAAAAAGCAGCGGGACAGUUUGCAGGCGGAGGUUCAGAAGCAUCGCCUCCAGCAGCAGCAGCAGAUCUGUCCCAGCCUCAGCAUCCCGAGCCCGAGCGAGGCCGAGUCUCUGUCCCCCCACUACACGCUGUCCUCCACGGGUCUCAUGGAGCUGUCCGAUGAGACUGAGUACAUGGAAAAGAACUCACCUAAUGGAGGGUCUUUAACCCCUAAGGCCGAGUCUGGAGGAGGAGGAGAAGAGGGGUUCUACCUGGACAUCCAGCCUUCUCCAGACCAGUCUGGGCUGGAUGCCAACGGGAUCAAACCAGAGCCGCCGUGCGACUACGGACACGGGAACGGGUUCUUCCAGUACUGCUCCUUCAGCAGUGGAGACGCAUCUCCACCAGCCUCCAUGGCUGAACUCGAUCACCUGGCCCAGAUCGUGUCCAAGUCUCACCUGGAGACGUGUCAGUACCUGAGGGAGGAGCUGCAGCAGAUGAGCUGGCAGAGCUUCCAGCAGGAAGAGGUGGACCGAUAUCAGAGCAAGCCGCGGGAGAUGAUGUGGCAGCUUUGUGCCGUAAAGAUCACCGAGGCCAUUCAGUACGUGGUGGAGUUUGCUAAACGCAUCGACGGCUUCAUGGAGCUCUGCCAGAAUGACCAGAUCGUGCUGCUGAAAGCUGGGUCUUUAGAGGUCAUCUUGGUACGAAUGUGUCGAGUGUUUGAUUCCGAGAACAACAGCGUCUACUUCGAUGGGAAGUUAGCGAGUCCUGAUGUCUUCAAAGCAUUAGGGUGUGAUGACUUGAUCACAUCAGUGUUUGAUUUUGCCAAGAGCAUGUGUUCGCUGCACUUGUCGGAAGAAGAGCUCGCACUUUUCUCAGCACUCGUUCUGUUCUCUGCAGACCGUUCAUGGUUGCGAGAUAAGCUGCAGGUGGAGAAGCUUCAGCAGAAGACGGAGUCGGCUCUGCAGCACAUCCUGCAGAAGAACCAGAGAGCGGACGGAGUCCUGGAGAAGCUCAGGUGUAAGGUGUCGGUGCUGCGUUCUCUGUGCUGUCUGCACACCGAGAAACUGUCGGCGUUCAGAGCCGUUUACCCUGAUGCCAUUCGGACGCACUUCCCCCCUCUUUAUAAAGAGCUGUUUGCUGCCGACCUGGACGUGGCAUCACCGAUCAGCAACUGAACGGCGAUAGCGCUCCGCAGAGCCAACCAGCACCAAACUGCAGAUCCUUAAGGAGCAAGUCCGGUAGCCAUGGGGACAGAGGAGGCGGUUCUCUUAGACUCCUGAUCAGAGAGGCGGAGCCUGCACUUCCUCCUCUUGCUGAGUUUAGAAGCGUGAGGAGAUCCUUUUUUAAGUUCUCACUGAAAGCUGCUUUUUUCAGCAGAUUCUCACAUCAACUUUUCUCCAGUUUCUGCACUUUUGCACGAGCCUCAAUGUAAAGUGGCACAGCAAUGAUCACCAGACGUCCUGGUGCUGGAAACACAUUGACUACCUACCUACAGGAUUCCAGGCUGCUGCUUCUUUCUUUAGAUGUAGCUACCCGUCAGACUCACAUCUGAUGCAUAAACCCUUAAACAGAAGGGUCUGCUACUUUGUUUACUGUAAGUUUUCUGACACGCAUCGCUGCGUUCGUCUUCUUUUACAAGGCAUCAUGAUACUUUAGGUCUCUUCAGAAAUGAUACAGCAGGAGGGAAAUUUAAACACGGUAAACAAGUAAAGCAGCAGACAGAAGACGGUUGGUAUGAACGUUUAGAAGCCUGAAAAUUUAAUGGUGGAUUCUUUUUAUUUCAUAAACCAUCUCUGUUGCAAGCAGAAUGAUGCAGGCAUUGGCCUUUCUUCUCUAAACUCUGAAUUAUUUCUACAACUGAUGCAAAACUUUUCUUCAGAAAUUAUUCUGUUUUUUCCACGUUGUUUCAGUGAAACCAUUUUAAAAUCUAAGCAAAUGGCUGAUCUGUGGUUUAAAAACUCUGAUAUUUUUUAUCAACAUUUAAAAAAAUCUAAAUAAACACAAGUCCAGUUUACUUUCACUUGGUGACCAAAAAUUUAACUAAACUUCAAUUACUCAGAAGUUAUUCCUAGAUUUUAUAUCGAGAUCUGAUCAAAAGUUAGAUUUUUAAACAGUUUUCUGGUAAAAAAAAAAUUUAAUAUGUUAUAAUUAUUCUAAAGCUCUGUGUUCACAGUGUUUUAGAGGAAAUAUGUCAUUUCUGCUGGAUGAUGAUGGUAUUUUAACUGUUGACAUGUUGUUUAGAUCAGUAUUAAGAAGCUGCUCGUUUAUCUCUCAGCUGUUUUUCAGACUUUUCCCCUUCUGACCCACGAGAACAAAAACUCUUGUGACUGUAGUAAGACUCCAGUAAGAAUCAAACACAAAAUAAGAGGGUGAGGAAUCAGGGUUAAACCUAAUCAGUUUCCUGGACAUCAUCUGGUUUGGAGUUUGACAUCCCACUUCCAGACUUCGGGAACCACCGUUGUGUUUGUAAACGAACACAAAUCCUUUGUUUUGAUUUAAAAAUCUUUUCACAGCCCUGCAAACACCAGACUUAAGGUUGAAAACAUUUGGGACAAAAUUUGACUUUGGUUUGAAAAUUAAUCUGCUGUUUUUUCAAAUUGAUGGUGUAAGAAAACAAAAUCAGUUUAGACCCACUGGCCUCUUUAUUAGGUACACCUAUCAAGUGCUGCCUUUAGAACCACCUUAACUCUUCACGUAACCUGAUUCAUUAAGGUGUUGUAACCGUUCCUCUGAGGUUCUGGUCCAUCUUGACAUGACAACAUCACACAGUUACAUCUAUGAUGGAACUCUCCCAUUACACCACAUCCUAAAGGUUCUGGACUGGACUGAGAUCUGGUGACUGUGGAGGUCACGUGAACUCAUGAUCAUGUUCUAGAAACCAGAGGAUCUGAGCUUUGUGACAUGGUGCUUAAUCCUACUGGAAGUAGCAUCAGAAGAUGGGUCCAUGUGGUCAUAAAGGAAUGGACAUGGUCAGAUGCAAUACUCGAGUGUUUAAACCACACUCAGGUGGAACUGAGGGGUCCGAAGUGGGACAAGAACAUGUCCCCUAACAAACACCAUUACACCACUACAAAUAAACGACCAUCAGCAGCCGGAUGCGUUGAAUAACGCAGGAUGGAUCCAUGCUUUCAUGUUGGUGACACCAGAUUCUGACCCGACCAUCUGAAUGUUGCAGUUGAACUCCAGGCUCAUCAGACCAGGAAAGGUUUUCCAGUCGCUUCUGGUCCAGUUCCGGUGAUCUUGUGUGAACUAUAGCCUCAGUUUCCUGUUGAUCUGCUGCUGCUGGAGUCCAUCUGCUUCAAGGUUCAUCGUGUUGUGCUUCUGAGAUGCUGUUCUUCUGACUUUAAUGGGAACCAGUGGUUAUUAAAGCUAAAACCAUUCUUUGUAAACUCUAGAGAUGGUUGUGGGUGAAGAUCCCAGUGGAUCAGUGGUUUCUAAAACUCUCCGACCAGCUUGUCAGCUAACAACAGCCAUGAUGAGUUCCUAAAAUCUAAUUUCUUCAUUCUGAAGCUCACUUUCAGCCUCAGCUUGUCUUAUUCACGUUUAGACGUCUAAAACAAGAAGUUGCUGUCAUGUGAUUGGCUAAUUAUAUAUUCCUGUUGACAGGUGUACCUAAUAAAGUGGUGAGUUUAGUUUCUACUUGAUCGCUCAUGUUAAUGUUUGAAAACAUGAAACAGGAUAUUUUAGUACUAAAAUCUACAUGAAGGAAAACUCCUUUUCCAGAAUUUACUGAACAACAAUGAAAUUAAAGCCUUUUGUUAAUAUUUCACAAAGAAAUGUUGGUCCCAAUUGUUCUCAGCUGUCUUCGGGGUUCCAGGACGGUCAGGUAUCAAAUGGUACAAUUUUUAUUUUAAAGCUUGUUCAGCUGAAAAGAAACUUGUUUCUUACCCAUGAGCUUAAGAACUUGUUUUAGUUUUCGUAAACUCACUCUCCUUGUCCCACAGCACCACCUAAUGGUGCUGACUCUGUACUGCAAACUGGUUGAUUUAUCAUCUCAACUGCACCGUUUUCAGUUGAACGUACUCAAAACCUUUUGACAGCCAGUAGAAUUUGUUUAAAUCCACAAGUAAACCCUUCAUAUGGAUCCGUGUCACCAAAUCAAUGAAGUACAGCAGCGCUGUGCUCUUGUCAGUAGAAAGACAUCCCAAAUUAAGGUUUUAACAGAUAAUUAUAAACCUGAUUAACUCUACAGUUUGUGUGGGUCUUAAGAAAAGGUUAGAAUUUAUAUUAAAAUAGCAUUAAAAUACAUUAAGUUUUUUAUUAGAUUGAAUAAAAACACGACUGAUUUCUAAACGGUGUUUGCUCUUAGAUUUUGAGUAAAAUGUCAGAUUAUUUAUAGACAAGGGACAAUAAUCUGGCAUAAAUUCAGAAAGUGGUGGAAGAAUUUACCACUAAAUUUAUUUAAUGCUUAAAAUUAAAAUUUACAAGGAAAAAUGUUGGUUUUCCUUGUAAAUACACAUAAAAUUUGUCUGAAUAGGGAAUCUAGCACAUGGAUGAAUGUUUAGUUUUAAAGACAAAACAUCUUUGAAAUCAGUGUAAAAAUGCAGAAACUAACUUAAUCUUCACCAAAUUCCUCCUUCCCUACUGGCUUCUUACUGAUGAAGUGUGUGCACGUGUGUUUGUGUGUGUGUGUGUGUGUGUGUGUGUGUGUGUGUGUGUGUGUGUGUGUGUGUGUGUGUGUGUGUGUGUGUGUGUGUGUGUGUUUCACCCAGAUAAAAACAUGAUCUGUUAAAAACAGGCCUUUUGUGUUCUUUGUCCCAUUUCGUUGUAGCUCAGGACAGAGAUGUCAGUAACUGCACUUAAUAAGUACUUGAUACAUUUUGUACCUUUAAUUUCACUUAAUGUCUGAAUAUUUUUGACCUUGUGAGACAGUCUGGAUUCUAACUUUAACCAUAACUGAAUGUUGAGCAAUAAUGUAAGUUUCUGUCUUUGUGUCCGAUUUUUAAAGCAAAGCAUGACUAAAUAAUUAUUUCUUUCUCCUGUAAAUUCAUUCAUCAUUUAUCAGUUUGUUCUUUGUUAAAUAAUAAAAUCUUAUAAGUUAUUUUGUACAGACCACAAUACUGAGCAUCAAACUUUGUAAGUAGUAUUUUUUUUUCAUUAUAAUGUAUAAAUCUUGAUUUUAUGAACAUUUUUGUUUGUGAUUUGUUUAGUGCAAGUUAUCAGGGUAAACAGUGAACUAUGCCACACAGAUGUUUUAUUACAGGGUACCACAUUAAAAUAAAACAACCAGCUGGAUUCAUAUUUUAAUUUCAUAAUUCAUGUGAUAUUAAAGCCAAAUCAAGUUGUCUUUGCGAAAAAAUAUAAUUCAACACUGAUUUAAAUUUUAGUUGUUUUUUUAUUGGAAACGGGAUGAAAUAACUGGUGAUUUUCACUAGUUACUAAAAGUGUUUUAACUACAACUUAUCUGAUCUUAGAAAUGUCAGAGUUGUUUUCCAGCCUGAACCCGGAUCAGUGUGUUUUGAUUCCUCUGUUCAGACUCAUGCUUUUGAUACAAAAUAGAUCUGCUGUGUUUAAAAUGUAAGAAUUAAAAUAAAAUUCAUAAACAGAGAAA